AUGGUGCGUGUUUUGAUCCUUAGGGGAGCAUAUGUCGAGCUUUCUGAACGGUGAAUUGACCCAGAGACCCCGCUUCUUGACUCCUCCCUCGCUGAGACAUUUCCAGUCGCAGGGCCAGUCGACGCGCGAACCGUGCCCGUCUCAGGACGGCGCCGCCCCUCUCGUCGCGCCGCAUCGUAGGCCUUCCUACACGUACGCCACUUACACCCCAAGCGGCGACAACGCUCCUAGAGUCCCACCCGACGCGCCAGCCCACCCCACGGCACCCCCUUCCCCAUCUUUGUACUUCAGUCCCACGCUGUCCGUGUCGCCCCAGCUCUUUGAUUCAACCUCGGCAAACGGCGCCUACCGCGACCAAGCCGCAGACAUCGACUCCCAGAGCGACGCCGACAAAGGGGUGUCGUACUUUUCGACCUUGCCCCCCGACUCGCCGCUCGAGCUCGACGUCGACCACUUUGCGCCCACCUCGCAUGACAUCUACAACGGAGUAGCAGAUGCGCCGACUGCCAACGACGCGCCGACACCGCCUCUGUCCAUGCCCGGCAGUGCUCGACUCGCGCCGUUCGACUACCCCCUCCAGCAGCGGGGACAGGGGCACGCCGCGACACAGCGUCGCAACUCGGAUCAGCCGCCCCCGGCCCCGCCGACGUCAAUGUACGACCAUCGACCGCGCUCGUCGUCGACCUCGAAUACGAGUGUUAUCGAGGUGCCGACUUUUGUGCGACCCCAGUACACGCGGGAACCCGUCUCGGCGACGAGGCCCGUUCUCGGCGAGCAGCGCGGUCGGCACGUAAACCUGCUCUCGGUCGAUGACUCUCCCGCGACGCUCAAGAAAAGCCCGUCGUUGGUCCUCACCGUCGAUAUGGACUCACCUGCACCCACCGCAAAGACAAAUGGCGGCUUCCAGUUCGACGCGACGUCGCAGAAUCUCUCGUCGAGGACGCCAACGACAAACGGCGCUAGAUCGACACGUCGGGUGUAUGCCGCCGACUCGACGGCGCCGCAACCUUCUCCACUUCUUGGCGAUGGCUCGACCACCCCUCUGGGCUCGCCGGCACUCAGCUUCUUGCCCAAGAUGUGGAGCUCGAACGGAUCGGAUGCCGACUCGCUCCCUUCCUCGAUCGCGUCGCCCAUAGGCCCGGCUCCACCGAUGGAGCGCAGGCCUUCGACCUCGCCCCGGCUCGGUGCGCUCGCAGAACCGAUCGGGCGACUCGCAUCAGGACUCGUUCGACGAGCCUCGAAUGCGAACCUGCGCGCCGACGAAUUGCCCAUGGCCCAAUCGCGCCGUGGGUCGACAGACUCGCUGCCCGUAACGGAAUCGCCGUCGCCCCGGCUGGGCCCCGCGAUCAGCGUCUCGAGCGUCGUCAGUCUCCCUCUCCCUCGUCGUGCGAGUUAUGCGAGCCAAGCCCGGGAAAAGGAACAGGAGAAGCAGAAGGAGAUCGAGCAUCGCGACUUCAGGAAACGCGUCAAGGCGGCCCACAACAGAGCCUUCAGUUGGGCCGUUCGACCGGGAGAGAUUGGUUUCAGAUCGAAUGACGGUGCGCCUAGGUCCAGGGCGAUGCGAGGAGUCCCUUCGGCCAACCCCGUGGUGCGAAAGGUGGUCAUCGGCUUCGUGAUUGCUCUCACCCUGUGGGCCUUGUUCCCGCUGUCGGCGGUCCGCGAUCGGAUUUCGCAUCACAACGAUCGACACCACAACCGGCCCGCAACGCGUGCACGGCCCGAUGGCAAGCUGUUUAUUCACCCCGAGAUCCUUCGGGGACCUGCACCAGCCCCUUCCAAGCUGACGGCUCCCGUCCGAUGGAUUGCGCGUGUCCUGCACGUUACUUCGAGCCAAACGCACUACGACGGACAAGAUGACUUCCGCAAUAACGAACGUGACCACGAGCACAGCCAUUUGCAAGGCCAUGCCCCCGAAACCAAGAAGGAGCACCACAGCAAAUUCAUCGCGGCGCCUCACGUGGCUUACAAGCAUCACAAGGCCCUCCCGCCUCCGCUUCAACACUCGGACGAUCCCCAACGUGACACGCUUGUGCUCUAUCGUAUCCUCGGAAACGAUCUUCCUCCUCGACACUCGCCCGGCCAGACUCUUCGCAACUUGCGCUUCCUGCUCCAGUACGAGAGUGACUUCUCGGUCUUGCCCCCUCUCGGGCCUCACGUCGAUCAUCACGCGCACCUUUACGGAUCUGGGUCAAAGGCCUAUGCGCGCACUGAGGAAGGCGGCCUGCGAGUCGACAAGUACUUCGUUUUGAACCGCAUCGCCGACGCCCAGAUGGUCACCGCCAUCAUCAGUCUGUUGCACAUGUACUCCGUCCCCGACAGUCGCAUUCUGCUCAUUCCCUUUGAGUGGUCCGAGUACGAGCGACGCGAGUUCCGCUGGGAAGGUGGCGUCGACAAGGUUCGGGGCUGGGACAUUGGCGCGUCGAACGACGAUCACGGGGCGCAAGAGGCUCACCGUCUUUUGAUGGACGAGCAUGCGUUGGCCCACAAUGACGCUUUUAGCUCGCACGAGCAUUUCGAACACCUUAGAGAGGGUCGCCUCAAGAAGGACGUGCUGACCAAGCUACGCGCGAUCGAUUUCACGUACCACGAGAAGAACCUUUAUGCGAUGAACAAUGUGAGUUGAGGGGACUGCUGUGGCCUCGAUCUGGGCUUAGUUCUUUGGCUUACACCCUUCGAAACCAUCUGCAGAACGGCGGGCGCAACUUUGCUCUCGAGCAUGGCCGGUCCCUACCCAACGCAAGAUGGAUCUUGCCUCUUGAUGGUAACUCAUUUUUGACACCGGCCGCAAUGUACUCGAUCGUGCAAACGCUCUCGAUCGCUGGUGAAGGUCCCCAAGCUUCCCGCUACCUUCUCAUGCCGAUGGCUCGUUUGCUCUCGAAUGACGAUGUCCGAGAGAACAACACCAUCAAGCUCGUCCCUGAGCACCAUCACCAUGACCGUCGCGUCUCCGCCAUCGAGGAGGCUGAGCACUUCUCUCGCCCCGACACAGCCCCGGACACGCCCGAGGAGCCGCAAAUUGGGUUCCGCUACGAUUCGACCGAGGACUUCCAAGAGGCGAUGCGCUACGGACGACGCAGCAAGUUGGAACUCCUCUGGCGCUUGGGAGCCAUUCCGUACUCCAAAGGAUUGGAUCAACGCACUUUGCCCUGGGAGUCGGAGGAUCGUCACCAUGUCACUGCCGACGCUUGGGCUUCCAUUCCUGGUCCCCCUGGCGUCAACGCGAGUUCACCAAUUCACCGGCCGCUCGAGGAAUGGGGCCACCCGGACGACGCACCUCAUCCCAUGCGCUACGAAGCACCUCCGUUCGUCAACGCUGGUUGGGUCUAUCGAUUGUUUUCUGGGUAUAAACGCCAAGAAGAGACGAACCCCGAGGCCGUCACGCUGCGCAACACGAACCGCAUCAAAGGCAUCGUCGCCUUUCUCGAGCGUCUCGAUGAACAAAUCGCUCGCGGCGAGGAAGGUUGUGAUCCCGAGGAGGACAAAGCCGAAUGCGGCUUCCACCCCGAUCGCUUCUGGAACUUUGACGAGUCGCAUCUCGAGAUGCUGCGCAGUCUUUACGAGCAGGGCGAAGAACACUCGGUCAAAACGGUCCGCGACUUUGAGCACCAGAUCCAGCACGCGUUCAACUAUGUCUACAAGCAUCUCGACACUCCUGAGGAAGAGAAGAUGGACGCCCACACGGCUGCCCAGCAUUCGCUCAUGUUUGCGCUGGCGGGCUACCUCACGGGCGACGACAAGUACACAACCGUCGCUUCGCAGCUCAUCAUGCACCGCUUCGUCAACCAGCUGCCCCACUUUUACCUCGAGAAAGAUCAGUUCGAACAGCAAUUGGUUUACUCGGGUCUGGAGGGCGAGGACGAGACUUCGUUCGAGCAUGCCCUGGCCGAGCACGGUUCCGCCUACGCCUUCCCCCCUUCACCCGUCGAUCGUGGCGAAGUACCGAAGUGGAGCGCUCAGAUCGGUCGACGUGUUUCGGCCCAUGACAUCCCUCGUCUUCCGUUCGACCCCUUGGACUUUGAUCCCUCGAUGAUGCUCGACGCCGUUCGUCUGCUCAACCACCAUGACAGCCCGCGCGAUGACGGCGAGUCGCUUGUCAGCCGUGACAUAGUGCAGCCCAUGUUGACCGCGCAUCUGUCGUGGCUUUUGUACUCGCCUGACGCGCUUCAACACUCGCGACGACCGCCGAACGCUGGCUCUGGUGCGGCUUACGAUGCCAAGAUUGCCGUUCUGGCCGCCUUCCUCGACGACGCCAAGUUGCUCGGACGUGUCGCGAACCGAGCGAGGCUGCGUUUGCCCGAAGAGAACCGCGAGCACGGGAUCAUGUUCGUUGACGAAGAGGUUAAGGCCGUGCAUUGGCGAUUGAUUCAAGGCUUGUCGCACGUCAGAUUCCGUCCUUAUUCGAGUGAGUCGAAGCCUGCUGUGCCUUUGACCUUGAACAGGACCCCUGCUUACGCCGUUUUUUUGUUUUCGCAGUCAUAAUGGAUCUCGACGAUCUCGAUCAUGGAGGACACGACGGUAGUGCACAUGGUUAUGAGACGCCGAUGGACAUUCUCAACGUGUUCUGA